UAACCGAAAUCUGCCUCGGUCCUAACCGAAACUAACCGAAAUCCGCUUUCCUUCGCCGUCCGUUACUUUCAAACAUCUAGUUACGGUAGUUAGCAAAAGCUCAAAGCAGGAGACCUCGGAGAUGAUUCUUUCUAAGCGGAUAGACUAUGAACAUUUCGAGACUCAGUCUCAAUAUUCGACAGACCAAGGAAGUCAAGGAGGUGAGACCGGUGGCUACAUCAGGGUGAAUCUGCAGUAUUGUGUGAGGUGGGGAAGCUCCAUGCGUCCAUCCAGACUGAGUCGCUCAGCCUCCACCAAGGCCUCUGAAGCCUGGGGCUCCAGUGACCCUGCUGCCCAGCCGGGGAUGACGAGGAGGAGGAGGAGGAGUAGUAGUAGGCGGCGAGGGCAGGGUGAAGGGACAGUGCCGGACUGGGACUCUGCUGACUCAAGCAUCGUGAUCUCAGACGAGGACACGGAUCUUGACCUGAUUGACCAUCACCAUGGAAACCACAGUGUCUCAGAAUGUGGGUCACCACCGCAAGAGCUGUCAGUCAGCCAGGGGAAGGCUGUGAUUGGUGGAAAGGUGACAGGGCAGAUGGAAAGAGGCGUAGAGUCAGACGCUGAAUCGUGCUGCUCAUUGGACAGCAUUGUCUCUGGCCCCUCCUUCAUGGUUCAAAGCACUCCACUAACUCUUCCCCCUGGUCUGUGUUUGACAUGUCAGAGACUUCACAGAGAAGCCCAGAGGGGAAGACCCACUCCGCUGGACAAACUAACAGACAAUGAUCCCACUUCCUUGUCAUGUGACCAAUGGGUUCUCAUGAAGAAGUGGACACCCAGAAGACCACAGAACAUUAAAGGGAGGCUGUGGAUCCAUCUGGGCCGGAUUAGACACAGAGAGCAGACCAGGGGAGAACAGCCAGCCUGCUCCAGACCACACAUUUUCCUACAGAGGAACCUGGGGAGGUAUGAGAACCAGGCUGUGAGCAGAGGGAGGAAGAGGAAGAAGAGGUCCAGAGGAAGUCGUCAGAGGGCAGGAACAUGCAUCCAAAGCAACAGUCUCAACCGCAGUGGUCUCCAUAGCAGCGCUCUCCAUAGCGAUCCUGAUGAAAAGGCGGAGAACAGUGAUGACAGCAGUCUGGAGCGUACACACAGGGUCCUCACCUUCCAAGUGGUCCCCUCUGCCGUUGCCAUGGAAACCCCGCAGGAGGCCACGCCCCCACAGGAGGAGGAGCCCAGGAAGAAGAGCAGCGGCUUCAGAUCCCAGCUGGCUCAGCUCCAAGCCAACCGCAGCCGCGUCGUCAGGGAAACACACACAUGACUGAUGACAUCACUGUCAGAUUCCAAAUAUGUUCUUCAUUGCCAUCCUUGAUUGUUUUGUCAAUUCUCUACCUGCUUCUGCUGUUUGUUCUCCUUCAAGCAUGGCUGGAGGGAGUUACCAUCAUAGCUCUUCCAUUAGAGGGGACAUGCAUGGAGUUACUAUUUACACAGUGUCUCUUAUACUAGUUGAAUCUAGCUUUGAAUGUAAAUAAUAAUCAGCCUCAUUGUCAUGUUUCUGUUGAAGUUAGUUAUCUGUAUCAGAUCUUCCCUGUUUAUUUCACACUGAAGAAUACAUGUUAUUUUAUUGUAUCUUCUGUUCAGAGAUGAGGUCUCUACUACCAGACACAGCUGGGACAGUGCCCUCUACUGAUCUGGCCCGUAUUCAUUAACCUCAGAAUAGGACUGCUGAUCUAGGACCAGAUCAGAAUGAAGGGACAGGGGGUCCUGAUCCAAUUCAGAAAGGACAUGGGGUCCUGAUUCUAUUCAGAAUGGAGGGACAGGGGGUCCUGAUUCUAUUCAGAAUGGAGGGAUAGGGGGUCCUGAUUCUAUUCAGAAUGGAGGGACAGGGGGUCCUGA